AAAUCACUGUUCUUUGUGGGAUUGAUGCAUGUGCUGUAGUGUAUAGUCCUGAUUUGCCUAACAAGGCAGAGGUUUGGCCAUCGGAAUCAGAAGCCAGAAGUGUGAUUUCCAAGUUCAACGGUGUGUCUGAGGCUGAGAAAAGAAAGAAAAUGUUCUGCCAAGAAAGCUUCAUAAGACAGAGAAUUGACAAAAGCAAAGAGCAACUGAAGAAACUGAAGAAUGAAAAUAGGAAGAGGGAGAUUGACCUUCUCAUGUGUGAAUACCUCACUCAUGGUGCCAACAACAUUAACAGUAACAACAUGAGUUAUCUCAAGGACUUUUCAUUCUUCACUGAUCAAAACCUGGAUGAAAUUAGAAACAAAAUCACUGGGCGCCAACCCCAAGAGGUGAUACCACAAACCAUGCCUCAGGGAGACCAAGCACAGGUUCAUGUGCCAAAGACCAAUUUUUCCAGAAAAAAGAAACUAAAUUAGUCUCUGGAUAUAACAUUGGAAGAUGUUAAUGAUCAUAGUGGUUGCCUUAACUAAUGUAUCCCUUGUGUUCUUGUUGUCGAAGUUUAUAAGGUUUCUCUUGAUUCAGUUGUUCUAUGUUUG